AUGAAUGGUGCCCCUGAUUUUACUGUGCCUGGUGGGAAUGGUGCUGCUCGCCCCGCUCCCGCACCUGUGGGGCGCAGGCUCGUGGUAACGGCGCAGCUCCCGGACCUGGCGUCCGGGGCUGUGCGGUCGGUUCGGGGGCUGCUGGUUGGGCAGCUGGAGGCGCUUCCCCCGUACCUGCAGGAGGAGGGGGAGGACUGGGCGGAGGAAGGAGGGGUGGGGGAGGAGGAGGGCGGUGAUAUGGGGAGAGUGGUGAAGGGAAGAGUGGUGAAGGGAAAGGGGGAUGGAAAGAGGAGUUUGCGGAAUAGUGGAAGGGGAGGAGAGGGAGGGGAGAGGGGAAGGGAGCAGGAGGAGGAGGAGGAGGAGGAGGAGGAGGAGGAGGAAGGGAGAGAGGCCCAAGGACUGAAAAAGGUGGCUCAAUUAGGCGUUAUAGGGGAGGAUUCCCAUUGGUACGUCCUCCCCUCGCCCUGCAUCCGCCAGCUAAUCAGAGCGCAGUACAACCCCACCGACCAAUCGGAGCUCGCCAUGUCAGCGGCCGACGGGCGGCAUCUCGUUGGCAGGUACCUCUGGCCGGAGGGCCGGCAGGACGAGGCAGAUGAGACGGCUGGGUGGCAGCGGGCGGCAAAGCUGAAACGUUUCCUGCCGCCUGUGCCGGAGAUGCUACAGGGAUGGCUCAGGGGGAGCGGAGGGGAAAAAGGGGAGAGAACGGAGGCUUCGGCGGUGUAUAAGCGGCGGCAGCAGCAGGUGACGGAGAUGGGGAGGUGUGAGUAUGAGGAGGGGAAGGUGGGGAGGCGGGUGGAGGCGCUGAGGAGGCGGAUUGCGGGGAUGCAGCCGGCGGGGUGGCAGGAGUUUGUUCAGGUGGUUCAGGUGCUGGCUCAGGCGGAUGCGCUGGACCCGCAGAGCAGCACGCUCAUGCCGCUCGGGGAGAUUGCCGCCAAGGUGAGCAACGACAUGGCCAGGCCAGAACUUCCCUCUCCUUGCCUAUUAUCUGCUCCACCCUCCCUCCCAUGCACGCAUGUACAAGGGGUGCGAGGGGUGAACGAGCUGUGGAUCGCAGUGGCGCUCUCGCACCCCUCCCUCCCGCGCCUCUCUCCACCGGCCAUAGCGGGGUGCUGCGCUGCUCUGGUGUCUGAAGGCAUGCGCAUGCGCACAGGCGACGGCAGUUCGCCCUCCUUCCCCUACAAGCCGUCCUGGCAGGUGCGGGAGUGGGUGUAUGAGGCAUGUUCGCCCUCCUUCCCGUACGAGCCUUCCUGGGAGGUGCAAGAGUGGGUGUACGAAGCUGAAGAGCGCCGCGAUUGGCUGAUGCAGCUCCAGCUGGCUGCCAACGUGGCAAUCCCUGCUGACCUGGACGCGCAGUUCGCUGGAGUGGUGGAGGCGUGGGCGCAGGGUGUGACGUGGCGCCAGCUCAUCGCUGACUGUGCGGGGCUGGACGAGGGGGACAUUGCGCGGCUGCUAAGGCGCACCAUUGAUAUACUUUCUCAGGUUUGUUGUGCCACUUCAUUGCUCCAGCCAACUACCGUCUCCCAAAGAUCAUCUCAAUCUAUCACGAGCACCAUUGCCCCAUGUAAAGCAUCAUCUCUCUGCUUCCGGAUGCCUUGUCACAUGCCCUACCUCUCUCACUCUCCUCCAUGUCCCCACUCUCCCUUUCUCCCACCCUCGCUCGCUCCUCUUAUUGCAUCUCACGUUAUCCCUGCCUCUGCCUUUUCCACCUCUCUCCUCCUCUCCCGGCGUACAUUCCUAUUGCAGAUCCCGUAUCUUCCAGGCGUCGAUCCCUCAUUGGCCAAGGCGGCAAAGCAGUCUGCGUAUGUCAUGGAGAGGCCACCUAUCUCCGAGCUCAUUGGCUGA